AUGUCCCCUACAAUAUCCGGGUCUUUCACCUUCGAUUUGAAGGCGUCUCUGCCGUUUAACUACGUUGCGUGGGUUGUUGGAGGCUAUACGGUCUACCUUAUGGUCUAUCGCGUUGUCUUAUAUCCCCGUUUCUUUUCGCCACUUCGCAAUGUUCCUGGUCCACCGCUUGGGAACCCACUCAUCGGAAACUAUCUUACUAUUGUAAGGAAUGAGGUCUGUAUGCCGAUGCGUGAGUGGACGAAGGAACAUGGACCCCUCGUGAGGAUGAUGGGGCUGUUUGGCAAGGAACGCAUCAUCGUCAUUUCUCCGGAAGCGCUGCAGCAGAUAUCUGUUCGCGACUGGCUUGAAUACCCUCGCCCUCAAUUCAUGCGUGAUAUUCUUGGUCUGGUCGCUGGCUAUGGCCUCCUGACACUGACUGGCGACGAACACAAACAACUGCGCAAAACUAUGAACCCCGCUUUCUCUAUCCAGAACCUCACUGCUCAAACGGAUAUGUAUUACGAGCCAAUCGAAAGUCUUGUCAAAAUUCUCAAGGAAAGGUCGGAACAGUCACCUUCCGGGCAACAAGUCUUUCCGAUAUAUGAAUGGAUGGGCAAAGUAACCUUGGACAUCAUCUGUGAUACUGCAUUCGGCUACAAAACCGACUGUCUGAACGAUCCUAAUAACGAGCUCGCCGUAGCCUUCGAGAAGCUUCUCGAACUGCAGUCAGGACCUAACAUUGCCAAACUCGUCGCCAUCAUGACGAUCCCUGGCGCUGCUCGAAUAGCAAACUCCGACUGGAUCUAUGAGCAUCGUCAUAUUCUCGGUAAACUCCCUGUCAUCUCCAAACUCGAACAACUUGUCGAUUCUAUGCAUCACAUCCGCAGAAUCUCUGCUCGAAUGCUACAGGAGAAGAUGGCUGAUUUAUCUGUCUCUCCAGAUGAUACGACUACCAAGAAGGAUAUUAUGAGCUUGCUUGUACGCUCACGGAAAGCGGAGAUGGACUCAGGGGCUUCAGAUACAAUGUCGGAUAGGGCAAUGGUUGAUCAGGUCUUGACAUUUCUUGCCGCUGGACACGAAACAACUGCAAGUGGGCUAUCGUGGACCCUCUGGCUAUUGGCGAAUGACCUGACAAGUCAGCGGAGGCUACGGGAGGAAGUUACGCCGAUCUACACUACCAACCAGCGCCCGGAUUAUCGGACUCUAAAGACUCUUACUUGGCUGGACUGCGUUGUGAAUGAGAGUUUGCGGGUACUUCCGCCUGUACCUCUAACCCUCCGCGUUGCACAGGAAACCAACUAUCUCGACGGCGUCUUAGUCCCCAAAGGCACCAUAAUCAACAUACCUAUCCGAGUCAUCAAUACUUGGAAGCCCGUUUGGGGCGAAGAUGCUGAAGAAUUCCGCCCAGAACGCUGGCUUAAUCUACCUAAAGCAUACAACUCAGCCUUCUCGCAGUUUUCUUUUAUCGCCGGUCCUCAUGGGUGCAUCGGAAAAACGAUGGCAAUCAACGAAAUGAAAGCGGUUUUGGUUGCUCUGAUAUCCAACUUCGAAUUCACUCCUGCGUACCCAAACCAAGUUGCGCAUCCCGCAGCCGCUAUCACCAUGAAACCGGAGGAUAAUAUGCCGCUCUGCGUUACCAGCGUCAACAGCAAUACAUUACACCAACUGUAA